CAAUCUCCUCCACCGCCUUCGCCAUUAUGCUGCCCACUCCUCACAAAAACAAGACGCCAAAGAGAAACGGUGGAGAGAAACAGAGAGAAGGGAACAGAUUCUCCGUGUCGUCGCCGAGGUUUCUCCGGCGGGAGCCAGGGCAGGGCGAGGAGGGGCGACAUGACUCGCGGAAGCCAGAGGGAGCGCGACCGCGAGCGCGCGGCGGCGCGGAAGCCUGGUGCCAAGGGCCCCCAGGACGGCCUCACCCCUGAGCAGCGCCGCGAGAGGGACAAGAAGGCGCUGGAGGAGAAGGCGGCCAAGAAGGCGCAGCAGUCGGCGGCCGGCGGUGGGGGGACCUCGACGGACUCCAAGAAUAAGGCCGCCGGCGGUGGCGGCGGCAAGAACUAGGCGGCACUGGCGCCGCACCGGCGGCGCCACCUGUGUACGUUUAUUAAUGCCGUUAGAUUGUACCUUUGCAUCUACGGAUCCGUGCGCGAUAAUCUGUUGGUAGAUGCAAUGUUUGUUGGGUCAUAAACUUAUCAUCUGCAAGCUUCAGAUACUCUAAUAUCAUGAAUUGGUGCUGGUAAUAAUACGUGGUGUCUUGGUUCUGUGGGUUA